AGUAAUGUUGCGAGGCAAUGAUGAAGUUCCCGCCAGAUGACGCAAAAAUGCCAUAACUUAACCUAUUCAAUAAGCUUUCAAAAACGUAAAGAGAUAUGAACAUUUAAAACAAUUUGUCUGCAAAUUUAAUUGAACGAAUAUUGGUAUAAUUUGCACAAUAUUAUUAAGCAAGUGUUACAGUUAUAUUUAAUGUUUAGUUGAUAUUUAGUUGAUAUUUGAAAACGAUGAGUGAAUUUAAAUUACAUCAUUUAAUAGUGAAGUUGAUUGAAUUAUUGGGUUCGGAAUCUGCUCCUGAGAGACAUUUGGAGAAACUACAAAAAGAGAGUUCAACAGCAAACGUGCUGAACGUUGUUGCUCCUCACAGCUGUAUUCAGUAUCUUGCCAAGAUUUCAUCCCAACCAGAAUUAUUUAUACAGAAAUAUGAGGAGCUAAAGUCAAAAAAAGUAGACUUGUUAGGUCCAUUUGUACAGACUCUAGAAUUGAUAUCUCAAGAUGACGAACUGAAGAGGUACUUGUCAAAAUCUAUACCAAUGCCAACUAAUUCUCUGAAGGAUCCGACUAUUACACAGGAAGAUUUGCCAAAGAUCUGCAAAACGGUAAUCAAAGCUGCUGUAGAAGGAGGAAAGAAAUUAAAUCACCAAGUUUGUUCAAUCAGUAAGAAAAAUGAUAGUACUCUAGUGAAACACAACUGGGUAGGAGAACGUCCGCGUAUAACUUGGGAUUUUCAUAGUGACACCACAGUUACACUUUAUCAAAAGGUUGUACCGAUUGUAUCUCAGGAGUCUAUACUUCUUUGGGAUAUUUUGUAUUGCUUGAAAGGAAUUGAUGGGUCAUAUAUUGUUUCGGAACCAUUAACGAGUCCUCAUGGUGUUAAAACUUUCAACAUAUCACCGGAUGUUGGUAUAUCAUUUAAACAGUUAGCACAACAAAUAUUACCUUUAGCUUCACAUUACUCCACGACAGUGAGAUUUGUUGAAGAAAAAGUUUCACCAGAUGAUGGACAGGUCAAUCAUGCUCUAAGAGGAGCUAUACAAACUCUUCUAAAGGAUUACUUGCUCUUUGUCGUGCAACUCGAGACAGAACAUGUUCAUGAUAAACUAAGUUUACAGAAGCUAUGGUUUUACAUCCAACCUACUAUGCUCACAAUGUCCGUACUUUCUCAAAUUACAUGUACGAUAUGUAAGGCAAAUGCUAGAGGAGGCAAAGUACUGAGCCUUUUGCAUGAACAAACAUUGAACAAUGUCAGUAGUGAAGCAAAGUCUAAGGAAUUGUGUUUAUAUCUGAUGCAAGCGGCGAGCAUGCCAUAUAUGCAGAUUUUAGAAAAAUGGGUUUAUAAAGGAGUAAUAUGUGAUCCAUAUCAGGAGUUCUUUGUAGAGGAUAACGAAUUGAUUCAACGGGAAGAACUUCCAGUGGAUUAUUCAGCCGAUUAUUGGGAAAAGAGGUACACUAUGCGACUAGAAAGGAUACCAGUAUUCUUGAAUGAACACGCACAAACUAUUCUUAGGACUGGAAAAUAUUUUAAUGUGAUUAGGCAAUGUGGUAAAACCGUGCAGUGGGGAAAACAAGAACCGUUAAGUUAUCAGUAUCAAGGACAGAAAUAUAUAGCUGCCAUCGAUAGAGCAUAUUCAGAAGCGGCCAGAAAAUUAUUAGAGGUACUCAUGAAGGAAAAUGAUCUAAUGGGUAGACUACGUAGUGUAAAAAGUUAUUUUCUUCUUGCUCAAGGAGAUUUUGUGGUUCAAUUUAUGAAUUUAUGUGAGGCCGAAUUGAACAAGAGUAUGUAUGAUAUUGUUCUGCAUCGUUUAUCAUCUCUUCUUGAAGUUGCCUUACGAAUGUCCACUGCAGAUUCGGAUCCCUAUAAAGAUGAUCUUAAGCCAGAAUUACUUCCAUACGAUCUACAAUAUCAAAUGUUUAGAAUACUCUCUAUUCAGACUAGAGACGAGAAAGAAUACUGUUUCCAAGCGGGUAAAAUUUUGACUGGUUUGGAAGCUUUUGUCUUCAAUUAUGAUGUUAAAUGGCCAGUUUCUCUAAUUAUCAAUAGAAAGGCCAUAGCUUGUUAUCAAAUGUUGUUUAGGCAUUUGUUUUAUUGUAAAUAUGUUGAGAGGCUUUUAUGCAGAGUAUGGGUCAGUAAUAAAAUAGCGAAGACCUUCACACACGAAGUAGCGAUGGCUUACAGACAGGCAUUUUCAUUACGUCAGAGAAUGCUUGAUUGCAUACAGCAUUUGGAAUACUAUAUGAUGGUAGAAGUUGUGGAACCAAAUUGGUUAAAAUUUAUAAACAAAAUGAACAAGGUUAGUAAUGUCGAUGACGUGUUGAGCGUACAUCAAGAUCUGCAAGAUAGUUAUAUGAAGGAAUGUAUGUUGACCGAUUCCGAUCUUCUCGGUUGUAUUACUGGUAUAUGUGCAACAUGCGUGGAAUUCUGCAAUUUUAUGCAGAUCGAGAACAGUUCUGCAACGAAAGAUGGAACCGGAAAUUUUGAAGAAAUAAUCAUAUCGUUAGAUGAAAGAUUUACUAAAGUAUUAACACGACUUCUGGACCGAAUUUGUGAUUUGGGUUGUGAUAAUAAUAAUGAGAAAUUACUUAAUGUGUUAUGUCGGCUUGACUUCAAUAUGUUUUACACUGACAUAUUGAUACGUCGAGGGAGAGAGAAGACCAUCACGCAGCAAGAUGUAUCUGGUUAGCAAUAUUCUUCCCGAUUUACGAUACGUACACGCACAUGCAGAGACACACAUAUUGUAUGCAUGCGCGUAUGAAAAAUAGAGAUAAUACAAGCUUGUACAACAUUUACUGCAAUCUAUCUUUUGUUCGUAUAAAUUAUACACAAACGAUUUUAUUACAUAGACCUUAUAAUCAUUAAAGAUUUAUCAUUAGUUAUAAAAUAUUACACAUACAAAUUGUAAAAUGAUAAAUUUAAAUGUAUUCGAAACACAUUCAUUGUAUAUUAUAUUUGUUGCAAAUUUAAUGCUACGUAUUUGUAUAUCAUGUAAUAUUGAGAUAAAUUUAUAUUGAGUUUAAUGAUAUAUUUACAUGCAGCUAAGUUAAAUUUACACUUACAAUAAAAUAUUACAUAGCAA